AGUGAAUCUAUCAAGGUUCACUUUGCUUUCAAGGAAAUUCUGGUAUCGCAAGACGAAACAAGGUUCAAAGACAUUUGGACAGCCGUGUAGAAAUACAAUUGAACACAAAGGGCGUGAUCUAAUGCUGAUGGACUGAGUGAAGAAGCCCAGCAAGACCCAUCUGUGAGGUUCUUUUUGGCCUCUCUGAGCAGUGUUCCUUUUUUCUUGGUAAGGAGUAAGACCUGUCUGGAAUGGAGGUCUUAUGAUCUACAAUCCAGUAAGGUGGCCUUUUGCCCCACCCCCAGCAUACAAUGAUGGAAAUAGCCAAUGUGAGUUCUCCAGAAGUUUUUGUCCUCCUGGGCUUCUCUGCACGACCCUCACUAGAAGCUGUCCUCUUCAUAGUUGUCUUGGGUUUUUACAUGGUAUCGAUCUUGGGCAAUGGCAUCAUCAUUCUGGUCUCCCGUAUGGAUGUGCACCUCCACACGCCUAUGUACUUCUUUCUUGCCAACCUCUCCUUCCUGGACAUCAGCUUCACCACGAGCAUUGUCCCACAGUUUCUGGCCAACCUCUGGGGACCACAGAAAACCAUAAGCUAUGGAGGGUGUGUGGUCCAGUUCUGUAUCUCCCAUUGGCUGGGGGCAACCGAGUGUGUCCUGCUGGCCACCAUGUCCUAUGACCGCUACGCUGCCAUCUGCAGGCCACUCCAUUACAUUGUCAUUAUGCAUCCACAGCUUUGCCUUGGGCUAGCUUUGGCCUCCUGGCUGGGAGGUCUGACCACCAGCAUGGUGGGCUCCACUCUCACCACGCUCCUACCACUGUGUGGGAACAAUCGCAUAGACCACUUCUUUUGUGAGAUGCCCCUCAUUAUGCAACUGGCUUGUGUGGAUAUCAGCCUCAAUGAGAUGGAGAUGUACCUGGCCAGCUUUGUCUUUGUUGUCUUCCCUCUGGGGCUCAUCCUGGUCUCUUACGGCCAUAUUGCCCGGGCCCUGUUAAAGAUCAGGUCAGCAGAAGGGCGGAGAAAGGCACUCAGCACCUGUUCUUCCCACGUGGCCGUGGUGUCUCUGUUUUAUGGAAGCAUCAUCUUCAUGUAUCUCCAGCCAGCCAAAAGCACCUCCCAUGAGCAGGGCAAGUUCAUAGCUCUCUUCUACACCGUAGUCACUCCUGCGCUGAACCCAUUUAUUUACACCCUGAGGAACACAGAGGUGAAGAGCGCCCUCCGGCACACUGUGUUGGAGAACUGCUGUGGCUCUGCAGGCAAGCGGGCCCAAAUUUAG